CGACUGAAGCCAUCUGACAGACAUGGCUCGAGGCAACACACAGUACUCGGUGGCUGAGCUGGUGGCCAAGGCAGAAGCGCUAGUGGAUCAGUGUCAACCAGAGUUGGCUGUGCAGUUUUUCGAGAAGGCACUGGUACAAGAGCCAAUCAACACGUCGCUGUUGGACUCGAUCGGCGAGUUGAGCACGGAGCUCGACAACCCGGAACGCGCAUUGUCAGCCUUCCAACAGAGUGUGCAACUAGCACCAGCCCAGAACCCGGCUAAAUAUUUUUACCUGUCGCAACUGGCUGCAGGCGAGGAGGCUGAGCGCUACACGACGCAGGGUAUCACAUUCCUACAGCAGGAACUGCAGCAGCAUGUGGACCCCAACACGCCCGAGGCUCUUACCAUCAAAAAGCAGAUCUGUGACGCCUUAUGCUCGCUUGGAGAGCUCUACAUGACAGACUUGUGCGACCACGACGAGGCUGAAACUCGCUGCGAAAAUUAUUUUCAGGAGGCCAUCAAGUUCGACGUCGGUUUGCCCGAGCCCACACAGGCGCUAGCGAACUUACGACUUGUACAGCAGAACAAGGAGGCGGCUGACGACCUGCUAAAGGAGACUUAUCGGCGGCUAAAUGAGGGCUGCGACGAGGAAAACUUGCCGUCUCUGGAGUUCCGGACUGCCACAGGCAAAAUGCUCAUGGAAGUGGAGCGAUACGAGCAGGCUUGUGACGUAUUGGAGGGAGUGAUGCAGGAGGACGACGAGAACGCCGAGCUCUGGUUCCUCGUGGGCACGUGUUACCGCGCUAUGGACGACUUGCCUAACGCUCUGGAAUUCUUCGAAAAGUGCCAAACAAUGCUCAAAAAGCUCAAGAAAGAGCUUCGUGACGAUUUCUAUUUGCAAGACCAGCUCGAGAGCGUCAACGAGACUAUCGACGAACUUAAAACUUCCAUCGCUAAUCGUCCACCUGAGCUUGACCAGGAAAGCGAAAGUGAAGAGGAAACUGCGGAUGCUGAGACUGUAGGACAACAAGACGUAGAGAUGGAGGAAUGA